GAACUCACUUCAAGCCACUAUACUAAUAGCUCUGGUGAACACUACAUGUAUAUUCCUCCAAUGUUUAGUCGUUUGAAGUAAAGGGACGAUGGCUGCCACCGAACCAAGAGACGAAUUCGUGUUUCCUGACGUCUUCAACGACCCCGAUAGAGAUGCCUUCCUCUACGGUACCUUUCCCGAAGGUUUCAUCUGGAGUUCAGCAACUGCUUCGUACCAGAUUGAAGGAGCUUGGGAUGAAGAUGGGAAGGGACUCUGUAACUGGGAUGUCUUCUCGCACGCCAAGGGCAAUGUAAAGAAUGGUGAUACCGGGGACGUUGCCUGUGAUAGCUACCACAAGUAUAAAGAAGAUGUUGCUCUGAUGAAGGCGAUGGGUCUCAAGUACUAUCGCUUUUCAAUCUCUUGGCCUCGAGUUCUUCCAGAUGGUACUCUCAACAACGUCAACGAAGCAGGCAUCGCUUACUACAACAACCUGAUCGACGAGCUCCAUAGAAACGACAUCACUCCCAUGGUCACGCUCUUUCACUGGGACACACCCCAAACCUUGGAAGACCAGGGUGGGUGGGACAACGUAGACAUCAUUGACCGUUUCAAUGACUACGCCGAGAUCUGUUUCCAGAGGUUUGGUGAUCGAGUUCCGCUGUGGAUCACCUUCAAUGAGCCUUGGAUCGUGUCGGUUAAAGGAUACGGUUUAGGGGAAUUCGCUCCUGGGAUCAAGGAGAUUGGAACGAAAGUGUACAGAGUGUCCCAUAAUAUCAUCAAAGCUCACGCUAAAGCCUGGCACACCUAUGACGACAAAUACAGAAAGGUGCAGUGCGGAAAAGUGGGUAUAACCCUGAAUGGCGACUUCUUUGAACCUUUCGAUCGCACUAAGAAAGCCCACGUGUAUGCUGCUGAAACCUUCCUCCAAUUCUGUUUUGGUUGGUUUGCACAUCCAAUAUUCGUCAACGGUGACUAUCCAGAGGUCAUGAAGACAAAAAUCGCAUCAAAGAGCAAAUCGCAAGGUCUAGAAUCAUCCAGGCUCCCAGAAUUCAGUGAAGCUGAGAAGGCCUAUGUCAAAGGCACAAGUGAUUUCUUUGGGCUCAACGCAUACACGACGCAAUACGCCACGGACUCACAAGAUGCGUCGUCGCAUCCUCCAAGCUACUGGAAUGACGCGGAUGUCAAGACCUGGCAAGACGACAAGUGGCCCAAGGCUGGAUCUAUCUGGUUGAGUGUUGUUCCAUGGGGUUUAAGGCGACUUUUGAAUUGGGUCCAUGACCAGUAUCAUGUACCUAUCUAUAUCACUGAGAAUGGAGUUUCAACCUCAGAUGUCUAUGAGCUUGAUGAUCAACCAAGACAGAAGUUCUAUCGAGCUUACAUCAAUGAAGUAUUAAAAGCAAUCAAAUUAGAUGGCGUUGACGUAAGAGGCUACACCGCGUGGUCACUUUUAGACAACUUUGAAUGGGCCUCUGGGUACAGUGAAAGGUUUGGACUGCACUACGUCGACUUCAAUGAUCCAGCUCGACCCCGAACUGCUAAGAAAUCAGCUCGUUUAUAUUCUCAAAUCGUCAAAGACAACGGAUUUGUAAAAAAAUAAUUUUGAUUGACGUUAAAAUAUAUCAUUCCAAAGAAUACCAAAACACCAAAGAAAUUAAUAGUGCCGUAAUCAUGAUAAUGAUAUACGGAAACCCAGUGGCAUACCGUUGGUCACGGCAUGGGGGGCACCAGCAAAAAUUUGAGUCACUUAGCGGGCACGCAAAGCGCGUUCAAUAUCAAUAUGUAAUGAAACAUUUUGAUACUCAGAUAUAAAGAAAGGAUAUUAUAAGCAAAUUUGUGUAAAAUUUUGUGCAAAUUUGAGCUGAAAUUUUCGUAUACUUUGACCCCAAACAGGGACAUUUUAAGGACUGUUUAUUAGGAAUUUAUGAAGAGCAUACUUAUCUCACCAUAGUCAAUGCGAGCGCCAAGCUCGUGCUGAUUUUUAUUAAUAGAAUGACACCUAAACAGAUGAAGAACUUUUGUAGUCAUUGUAUUUAUGAAGAUGAUACGUGUUUCAAUAAUCAAAUAUUGCAAGCGAAGCACGAGCUGAUUUUUUUUGAUAUUCAGACCUGAAGAGGGCCAUUCUAUAAGGCUUGUUUGUAGGAAUUCAGUAAGACCAUACGUAUUUCGAUAGCCAAAAUAAUGCGAGCGCGAAGCGCCAGCUGAAAUUUUUUGAUAUUCAGACCAGAAAAGGGGACAUUUAAGGACUGUGUUUAGAAAUUUAUGAGGAGCAGACAUAUCUCACCAAUUCAGUAAUGCGAAAAUAAGCACGGACUGGAAAUAAUUUGUAUUCAGACCUUCAAAGGUUAUAAAAAAGAAGUAUAAAUUAUGUCACUACAUAAAAUAAUAAAAGCUCGAAGUGCGAGGAAAUUUAUUUUGUGCAUAUAGACUUGAAAACGGGAUGUUUUAGUACCAAUUAGUUUCCUUGAACAGGAUUAUAUGUCUCAAUAAAAAAGACAAUGCGAGCACCAGGAAUGAUGAAGACAUAUAGGCAUUAAGCAAAUUAUGUUUCAUAAAGUUAUGAAAAAAUACUCAUCCCCACUACGUUUCUCUAUCUUUCUCCCUCCUUUUCUCCCCCCCCCCCGUUUUUUUUGUCUUGUUUUUUUGUUUGUUUUUUGCCAGCCGAUGGCUAAAGGCUUGGUAAAUGCUAAAAAAAUAAAAAUGUGAAUUGUUGAUUUGACUAUCAUAAAACGUUCAAAUUUUACAAAUGUCUGAUGACAGCUGGAAAUUUUUACUCUGUUGAUUCUUUGUGAAAAUUUCACUAUUCAUCUUUACUUUAAGAAAAGCUAGCGUCACUUGUGUUUUUUUAAAGGGUCCUUUGAACCUGCCUUACAAUAAAGUGAUUGUACAUCAGUAAACUG